CCCGCAACGCAUAUUCCUAUAUGAUACGUUAGUUAGGCUUUCAUAUGAGUUUUGGUUCUGGCCGGUGUCUCAUUUUAGGAGCACUAUACACAAAAUUCGGUUGUGGGCCGAGAUCCCACAAAUCCUCUCAUGCAGAGAAACUGAGACACAUUGGGAACAUCUUCAAAUUGGGAGAAAAUGAUGCGCCGUUGAUCACAGUCAACCAAUCUGUGCCCGGACGGUCGCUUCCGGAAAGCUCCAACUGGUGUCCUCCUGGAAUGCUAAAUGGAGGAGACAUGUUUCAGAUGACAGGCCCUUCGGUCUACGCUGCUCCAGUGAGCUCCAACUCAAAGAAUGGUGGGGUGGUCUAUCACAUUGCUGGCCCUCCUGUCUUCACUGCACCCCCGAUAACGUGCACAAAAAGAAAACGAAGGCGCCGGCGCGUACGGGAUGCGGACCAGCCAUACGUGAAGAAACCACCCAACGCCUUCAUGUGUUUCCUGAAGGAGCAGAGACAACAUGUCAAAGCACAGAUGAAUUUAAAAGACAGCGCUUCUGUCAAUACUGUCCUGGGCCACAUGUGGAAGUUGCUGACUGACGAAGGGCAGGCUAAAUAUUAUAAAAUUGCUGAUGCUGAGAAAAAACUCCAUUCCCAGAUGUAUCCAGAGUGGUCCAGCAGUGACAACUAUGGUAAUAAGAGGAGGAGACGUAGCGUCACAGCCACCAGUAUUGCAGAUCCAGAUUCUCCAGGUGAAGCUCCAACUCCUCAAACCAGCGACGAGUCUGAAAAAAUGCGUAUUGCUGACAAAGUCUUACAUAUGCUGGGGUGUGCCUAGUCAACUUUUGAUGCUCCGUCAUUAUGGUUGCUGGUGCUGCAGGCAGCCCUUUUGUAUCAGUAUUUGUUAUUUAAAAUAUGUAAAUAAUUCCAUUCAGAAACAUUUAAAUGUGUAAAAAAGAAAAAAAUAUGUUUUAGUAUUUUAUUGUAUUGUUUUUGAUUAGAACACCAGUUACAACAAGAACAAGAAUAAUGAAACAUAAGAUGGAAGUGUGUGAGGACAUUCCAAAUAAAACUGCUAGCCAUAUUAUGCACACACCCCAAAAACAAGAUGUAUCCCCGUGGGAUGCCAGAUAUUCACAAAGUGAAUGAAACUUAUUGAUUCAAAACAGGCUUAACAUUAGCAAGCUCGUCACGCUAAUGCGGGUCUUGGUGUCUUUGUAGCAACAUGUGCAUCUGUACAAUGUUCAUGUCAAACAGUAAUUAGUAGCUAAAUAGGAUGUUUGUCAAUUGUUAACCUGAGCCACUGUUUGUGUAACAUGUCAUGAUUAUGACAAUAAAGGCACAAUGAACAAAAAAAUGAAUAAAAACGUUGGAAAC